ACCAGCCGUCAGUUGGCUUAAAAGCGUCCAACGCAGAGCAUCGGGCCACAACCGGAACAACCGAUCAGCGACAAACUGUUGCCAAAUAAUACCCAAAUACCCAAAUACCCAAACAACGCGGGCCAAGAAGACCCGCCACAACUCCGUGUUGAUUUCAUUUCUCUUUUUACACCGAAAUCAGGAACUGCAGACCACCUUGUUAGCAGCAGACGAGCAGAAGAAUGGCGAUCAUACUGCAAGAGGCCCAGGAGUGGUACAGGGAGCUCUUGGACAACAAGAGCGAUCCCCGUGUGAAAGACUUCUUUCUGCUCUCCUCGCCACUGCCGACCCUCGGAAUGUGCAUAUUCUAUGCGUAUUUCAGCAAAUCCCUGGGACCAAGGCUGAUGGCCAAGCGGAAGCCAAUGGAACUGCGGUCGGUGCUAGUCAUUUACAACGCGAUACAGACGAUAUUCAGCGCGUGGAUCUUCUACGAGUACUUAAUGAGCGGCUGGUGGGGCCACUACAGCUUUAAGUGCCAGCCAGUUGACUACGGCCACAGUCCCCUGGCCCUGCGGAUGGUCAACAUUUGCUGGUGGUACUACAUAUCGAAGUUCACCGAGUUCUUUGACACGCUCUUCUUCAUCCUGCGGAAGAAGAAUGAGCACGUAUCCACACUGCACGUAAUCCAUCAUGGCUGCAUGCCGUUCUCGGUCUGGAUGGGUCUUAAGUUUGCCCCAGGUGGCCACAGCACUUUCUUCGCCCUGCUGAACGCCUUUGUGCACAUUGUGAUGUACUUCUACUACAUGAUCGCAGCAAUGGGCCCCAAGUACCAGAAGUUCAUCUGGUGGAAGAAGUACCUGACCACCUUCCAAAUGGUUCAGUUCGUGGCCAUCUUCACGCACCAGUUCCAGCUGCUGUUCCGCGACUGCGACUAUCCCAAGGGCUUCAUGGUCUGGAUUGGCCUGCAUGGCGUGAUGUUCCUGUUCCUGUUCUCCGACUUCUACAAAGCCAAAUACCUGACUGUGACCCGUCGUCGCCGGCAGGCCGUCAAGGCCAACGGUCAUGCCAAUGGCCAUGGCCUGCACACAAACGGGCACAGCAAGCACUUGGGCAACGGCGAUGCACUGGUCGCCAACGGCAGCAAUAAGGGGGCCUGCAUGCCCGUGCUGGAGGACGAGUACGUGACGAGGAACGGGAACGGGAACGGGAACGGGCAUGCCGGUGGCGGCGGCUUCGAGGACGGCUUCUUCAAGGAGGGCGCGUUGUCCAGCAACGAGUCCAUCCUGAAUCCGGACGGCAGUAGCUCUAGUCUGCACCAGCGCAAAGUCAAAUAA